AUGGCCAGAGAGGACAGACUAAGGAAAGUACAAUGCAGUGCAAAGUUGAGGGAUUCGGAAAAGGCAGCAUACAGCUCGCCCGGCAUCAUCUGCAAACCUACAGGCCAACGAACCAUACUGCCACCGCUCAAGAGAUUUAGCUGCGAUAUCAAAGUUGAAACCAGCACAGAUACUGUAGAUCCAAUUAAGGAACGUCAUGGAAUAUUACCCAAAAUUUAUCGCAGAAAAAAUAAAGAAAGAGACGGAAAAAUUGGAAAGGAUCCGAGAUUCCAAAAACUUAUAUCCCGUCUGGUUCCUUUGACAAAAAGCUCUGAAAGGUCGCCUUCUUUUACGAGGAAGCAGCAUUUCACAAUGUGA